AAAGUGAAUUGGUCGCGAGCAGACGAACAGAAACGAAUGCCACGAACAGAAAUACGAGCCAGAGCCGAGAAUCGUACAGAAACGUACAGAAAGCAAACGAAACCUCGCAGGAGCGAGGACUUUGACAGGAGUGUCUAGCGAAAGACGAGGCUUGGCAGGAGAGUGAGGAUCCGAUCGGAUCGCAUCGGAUCAGAUCAGAUCAGAUCAGGGGUGGAUCAAAUGUCGCGAGUGUUCGAUCAAAACCAAUAAAGUGUUUCAGAAGCAGUGACAUUCAAUCGAUUGAUCGAUUCGAAACCUGCUUUUAGUUUUAGCCAACCGAUAGAGUGUGUUGCUGUGUAGCUGUGUCUGUAGUUCUGUGUGUGCCAUGGGCCAGGGGCCAGGUUCUAGGCGGCACAAAUUGUCCAACCAGCAAAUCUGAUCCGAAAGAGACAGAGACACAGAGGAGGAAAGCAAAGAAAGAGAGAGACAGCUUUGAAUUGAUUCAAUUUCAAUUUAAAUUACGAUUUCCAUCGAGUGUCAAUUACAACCACAGCACAAUAAAAUACACUGAGAGAAACAGAGUGAGAGACAGAGGAGAAUCAUGCAUUCGAUAAUAUUCAUGUGGCUGCUACUCCUGCCCUUGGUCGCACGGGGCACGCGCCUCCCGCUCGAGGUGUACGAACUGACGCCGACCACGGCCACGGGGGCAGCGGCGCACAAGAGCCUGGAGUAUACCAUUUACGAUGCCAAAGAUGUUGCAACAAGUGCCCCCAGCAGUAGUAGCACGCCCAAGCCUGCCACAGAGCCACUAACUGUAGUGAGCAUCUCAGCAGCACCACCAGACCUUCAGCAGAAGGACAAACAGCAACAAAAGCAACAGCAGCAGCAGCAGGACUUGGCCGAGUCCCGACGGAAAUCCCGUCAAAUGUUGCAGAAACAACAGCAGCAGCAGCAGCAUCGUUUGGCCAACAACAAACACGGCCAACACAAGGAGAAGGAUCUGCGCAUACUCUACCAAGUGGGGGACUCUGAGGAUGAUUUACCCAUUUGUGCACCGAAUGCCGUCUGCUCCAAGAUCGAUCUGUACGAGACGCCGUGGAUCGAGCGCCAGUGCCGCUGUCCAGAGUCGAAUCGGCUGCCCAACAAUGUGAUCCUGCACCAUCACAGCCACCAGGUGGGUGGCUCCGGCUCCUCCAUGGAUGGGGGGGCAGCCAAGUACAGGAGCUACUACGACAUGGAGAUGCUGCAGCUGAAGCGGAUGCUCAUGGGCAAGUUCCAGGACAAGAAGUUCGAGAGUCUGCACAUGAAGAAGCUCAUGCAGAAGCUGGGCGCCGUCUACGAGGAGGAUCUGGAUCACAUCGAUCAGUCGCCCGACUACAACGAUGCCCUGCCCUCGUCGCCCUACGCAGAGCUGGAGGACAACGAGUACCCCAGGGCAUCCGCUCACAUGCGCCACUCGGGCCAUCGGGGCCUGAAGGAGGCACCCACCAGCUACAUUGGUGGCUGCCCCAGCAGCCUGGGCGUCGAGGAUGGCCACACAAUAGCGGACAAGACGCGCCACUACAAGAUGUGCCAGCCAGUCCACAAAUUGCCCGUGUGCAAACACUUUCGGGACUACACUUGGACACUGACCACGGCGGCGGAGGCGAAUGUCACCGAGCAGGUGGUCCACUGUCGGUGUCCCAGGAACUCGGUGACGUACCUCACGAAGCGGGAGCCCAUAGGCGAUGGCAGUCCCGGCUAUCGCUACCUCUUUGCCUGCUCUCCCCUCACGCGCCUUCGAUGCCAGAGGAAGCAGCCCUGCAAGCUCUUCACGGUGCGGAAGCGGCAGGAGUUCCUCGACGAAGUGAACAUCAAUUCGCUGUGCCAGUGCCCCAAGGGACACCGCUGCCCCAGCCACCACACGCAGUCGGGAGUCAUAGCCGGAGAGAGUUUCCUGGAGGACAAUAUACAGACCUACUCGGGGUAUUGCAUGGCCAACGAUUGAGAAGCACUGCCCCUGCCCUGCCCCAAGGAUCAUUCGAUCGAUGGGAUCAUUCCAUUCACACACACACACACACACAAAACCAUUGUAAAGGAUGAAGCCAGGAGAAGCAGCUACUAUAUAUAGAUACCAUACCGACUGAGCCAAUUGAGUCUCGCCAAAAUACCAACUAAAACGAACGAACGAAAGAAAGAAA